CGGAGCGGGUCGGGCUCCUCCUCCCCCGCUCCCGUCCCUCCCUCCGUGCCUGGGCCCUGGCCUCGUUGCUGCGGCCGGCCGGAGGAUGCCGCUGGAUCACCGCCGCCUGCGGGGCCCCGAGGAGUCGCAGCCGCCGGAGGUGUGGGCGGCGGCCGGGGCCGGGGCGGCGGCGGAGGAGCAGCAGGAGGAGGAGGAGGUGCGGGACCCGUGCGCCCUGCGGCCGCUGUUCGCGCGCGCGGGGCUGCUGAGCCAGGCGGAGGGCUCGGCCUACGUGGAGCUGGGCGGCGGCACCAAGGUGCUGUGCGCCGCCUGGGGCCCGCGCGAGGCGGCGGCGGAGCCGGGCGGCGGGGGGGCGGCGGCGGCGGGGGGGCGGCUGGUGUGCGAGUUCCGGCGCGCGCCGUUCGCCGGGCGGGGGCCGCGGGGGGCGGCGGGGCGCGAGGCGGAGCGCGAGGCGGCGGCGGCGCUGCGCGAGGCGCUGGAGCCGGCGGUGCGGCUGGCGCGGUACCCGCGCGCGCGCCUCGCCGUCAGCGCGCUGCUGCUGCAGGACGGCGGCUCCGCCCUGGCCGCCGCCGUCAGCGCCGCGGCGCUGGCGCUCGCCGACGCGGGCGUGGAGAUGUACGACCUGGCGGUGGGCUGCGCCCUGUGCCGGCCGCCCGGCGCCGCCGCCGCCUGGCUGCUGCAGCCCAGCGAGCCCGAGGAGCGCCGCGCUGCCGCCCGCCUCACCGUGGCCCUGCUGCCCUCGCUCAACCAGGUGUCGGGGCUGCUGGGCGGCGGGCGGGGCGGCCCCCCCGACAGCUGGGCCCAGGCGCUGCGCCUCGGCCUCGACGGCUGCCACCGCCUCUACCCGGUGCUGCGGCAGAGCCUCCUGCGCGCUGCGCGGCGCCGGGCCGCCCCCUCUACUGCCUGAGCCCGCCCGAAGGGGCCCCCAGCCCAGCGGAGUCGGCCCUUGCUGCUGGAGCCCCCCGGGGUGGCCCCCUGCGCCGCCGGAGACCCCCAGAGCCUGCCUCAGCGGUCUCCUGGGCUGCCAGAGACCUCUCCGGAGCAGCUCCGCCCUGCCUGAGCCCACUGGAGCCCGCCCGAGCAGCCGCCUGCGCUGCCAGAGACCCCCAGAGCCUUCCUGAGCACCCCCUCGUGUCACCGGAGACCCCCCCGAGCACCCCGGGUCGCGCCCGGGCAGCCCAUCCGUGUUGCUAGAGGCCCCCCCACCCCCAUGGCCUUCAUACCACCCGAGCCCCCUGCACUCCUUCAGUGGCCCCCACAUGGCCUGAGCCCCCCCCAAAGCGGCCCCCACAUGUUGCCCGAGCUGCUGCAGAGCGGCCCCCACACCACCUCAGCUGCCAGAGUCUGCCUGUGCCACCCCCUGCACCGCUGGAGCCCGCCUGGGCCCCCCAGGGGACUGCUGACACUGCCGAGAUCAGCUGCCUGGACCACGGGAUUUCCCCAGGAGCACCCCCCGACCUGCUGGAGCCCGCUGGAGUCCACCAGGCCACCCCUGGACUGAGCCAAGAGCCUGCAGGUGGUCCCGGUGCCGAGGAUGAGGCUGCCACGUCCAGCCUGCCCGCUACCAACACCCCAUCACAACCGUCCAUGCAACAGGGCUCCAGCAGCCCCUGGCAGGAACCGUGUGCCACUACAGCCCGUGCAUCACUUGGACCUUACAGUGACUUGCCUGGACAGUGCUUCAGGGUGGUGGGGAGACAUGUUUUGGUUGGUUGGUUUGUUUUUUACAAUAAAUCAGGAUUUUCUGGUGA